CAUACUUCAGUAUACCUUGACUUCGCCUGUGCGCGCAGAGGCUGUACUGUAAUGUCAUCUGAAUAUGUAAUCAGAGUGUGUCAGAGACGUUAGAGAGGAGGAGGAAUAUUAUACAUAGAUUUAAUAACAGCGCUGUUCAUGACUGACCAAAACCAACGCGGAAAAACCCAAAGAUAAUUUUAAGGGUCUUUCAGCGGGUAGCGACAUGAAAUAGAUGGAGUUAUAAUUAAUCAACCUGCGUUUAGUUUUUACAUUAUUUUAAUUUAGUUAACGUUAACUCAUGAGUGAAAAGAGAGCGGAACUCGGCGACAUGGACAGUAACCGUCGGCGUUUAAAACAUGAAGUGGGCAGAGAAGGAACAGAAAACGGAGUGAGACGAGAGAAGGAAAGGCUGCGAAGGAUUCAUUGCGGCAGCAAUCAGAUGAGGGUCUCCACGCUCAGAUGAAUUCUGUGAUCGGUGCUCUCCAGGAGCUGAAACUCUUGCAGGUCCAAACUGCGCUGGAGAUAAAUCAGAUAAAUCACAGUUCAAGAAAAACCCACCUGGACCGAACACUGAAUCCAGAAGAAAUUCUUUCACAAGAAUGUUUCAAGACUGAGCUUGCCAUGGAAACAUCUUUGUUCCUCACUAGCUCUCCAGCAGAAACCCGCCAAAUUCCAAGGUUAUACGGACCCAGAAAGGUUCACAGAGGAAGUCUAAGCACUUCUUCCUCUUUUUCCUCUCAGGAAGACACAACCGACAGCCAUUUCUCUGCUUACGAUUUUGACGACUCCAGCGAUUGGACAGCCUCACUGAUGAACCACAGCAGAAACAGACAGCCAUUGGUGUUGGGAGACAAUGUUUUCGCUGACUUGGUCGGGAAUUGGCUGGAUCUGCCGGAUGUUGGAGGCCAGACUUUAGGUGAGGAGCAGAACUCAGGUCUCAAAGACACAUUUUUGGAGUCAUCAUCUAGCAGUCACUCUCAAGAUCUCCCCAGGAAAACCUCACUAACCGCUAGCAUGUUUAAACGGGUCCUACGGCGCGUUCGACCAUGGCACCACCAUGAAAGCGAAGGGGUGGACGUCUGUAUACAACCAAAGAUCACAUACAGAAAGCCAAAAUCAGAUGUCGGCAAGCCAUUCUGGGGGAGAACAAGAGGCCUGAAGAAGAAAACCACACCCACUCAGCAUGAGGGUGUGGCCUAUCAGGGCUCAGAGAUUUUAAGAGACAGAGGAUGGGCGGAGAUUGAGAAGCAUCCAGUGUAUGAUUACAGCUCAGCUAUGUGGGUUUAAAUGACUCAUAUAAUUCUGGAUGGAAGAGAAUUACACACUUAAACACACAGUCACAAAAAAAAGACUUUAUGAUCAUAAUUGUUGUAAAAGCAAAAGUUCUCAAAAUGUUCUACCUGUUGCGUUCAAGUUGUUACUCCGAUUAGGGUGUUAUUAUGACGUCACGCAUGCAAGUCGGAAACAUUUGCAAGUUUAAACAAAUCAAAAACAUUUUACUGUUAACAAAAAACCCAAAUAGGGACAUCUGACUUCAAAAUUCAUUGACACUUAUUUAUUCAUUGUAUCACAACUAAAUGUGAAGCACAUUGUUAAAGUUGAGUGAUAAACACCAUUGCUACAGAUU